AACAAUUUUAUGAAAAAGGUGCACAGCUUGGCUUUUUUCCUUUUCCCAGCUUAGCUUGCUAGCUCUUACAGUGGCAUGCAGCGCUGAAACCUGUGUUCGUCCACUGAUAAUGUUUCCAUAAAUUUAGUCCCUCUGUUUGUAGGGGCAGGGCUUCUUUUGUUAACCCCAACAAUGAGCUCACAGUAGGUUGAGCCAAUUCCUACCGUGACUGCAGAAAUAUUUGUAAUUGUCUUUAGUGAACUUUGGGUCAGGCCUUUCUUUCGGAAUAAACCUGUUAGAAGACCAGACCGGUUCUCUAAUUGCCUGUAGCCCAUACAGCAAAUCAGCAGUUGGAAAUGUGGAGCUGCGUGGAAAACUACCCAAUCUCUUUCUUCCCUGGCUUCACAAGUGGGAGCUGUUGAUACCUGCACGGCUCUUGGUACAAGGCAGAGCAGAGCAUCGAAAGUUAAUAAUCCACAAGCCAUUCAGAAACGUCUAGGACAGAGACACUGACACCAGGGAAUCAUAUGUCUGCACUGAGCAGCUAGUAAAUUGUUUACUUGGAGGGCUCAUGAGAAACACACAGAUGAACCUCUGAAGCCACUACUUGGCAGAACAAAUUAUGACAUCGACAUCUAAAGGAAUUUUCCGGCCAUUUUUUAUUAUCUUCAUUGUCCUUGGCUGUUUCAUGGCAUUGAUACUAAUUUAUAUCAAACCAACAAAUAGCUGGAUCUCUGGUCCCAUAGAAUCAGCCAGUUCAGUUUUGAAAAUGAAGAGCUUUUUUUCUUCCAAAACUGAUAAUCUUAAUGAAACUACUAUUUUGAUCUGGGUUUGGCCAUUUGGUCAAACAUUUGAUCUAACAUCCUGCCAAACAAUGUUCAAUAUCCACGGGUGCCAUCUGACUAUUGACCGCUCAUUAUAUAACAAAUCCCAUGCUGUUCUCAUUCAUCACAGGGAUAUUAGCUGGGAUCUGACUAACUUACCUCAACAAGCCAGGCCACCAUUCCAGAAGUGGAUUUGGAUGAACUUGGAGUCUCCAACUCAUACUCCACAAAAGACUGGCAUUGAACACCUCUUUAACCUGACCCUGACUUACCGGCGUGAUUCAGAUAUUCAGGUGCCUUAUGGCUUCAUGAUGGUCGGUACAAGUUCCUUUACAUUUGAAGUGCCAAGUAAGGAAAACUUGGUCUGCUGGGUUGUAAGUAACUGGAACCCUGAGCACGCUCGAGUCAAGUAUUACAAUGAGCUUAGCAAAUACAUUGAAAUCCAUACCUAUGGACAAGCCUUCGGAGACUACGUCAAUGACAAAAACUUGAUUCCAACUAUUUCCACUUGCAAAUUUUACCUUUCCUUUGAAAAUUCAAUCCACAAAGAUUACAUUACUGAGAAACUUUACAAUGCUCUUCUGGCUGGAUCAGUACCAGUUGUACUGGGCCCUUCUAGAGAAAACUAUGAGAACUACAUUCCAGCAGACUCUUUCAUACAUGUGGAAGAUUUUCUCUCUCCCAGAGAGCUGGCAGAAUACCUUCUGAUGCUUGACAAAAAUAACAAGAUGUACCUUAGUUAUUUCAACUGGAAAAAGGAUUUCUCAGUACACCUUCCUAGGUUCUGGGAAUCACAUGCAUGUCUUGCUUGCGAUCAUGUGAAAAGACACCAGGAAUACAAGUCCGUUGGAAAUUUAGAAAAAUGGUUUUGGAAUUAAUUAAUUGGUGUGUGUAUGUGUGUGCACUUUCUUGAAGAAGCCAGAAGAAACUUCAGUGCAAGUGGAGAGGAAAGAGAAAGAAAAAAAAAAAGGAAGGAAAAGAGAACAUUAUGUCAUGGUUUAUCAGCUAUCCUCUCUUGGCUAUCCUAUUUAUAUUUUGUAAGAGAUUUUAAAAGAUCAGCAGCAGCAGUCAUCAAUACUUGGUUUUAAAUUAUAAUGUACAUACUAAUUAUGUGCACUGAAGAAUACUUGAUUGUUUACUAUGAUUUUUAAACAAGAUUUUUCUGUGAAAUAUGUCCCAGUCUUACACUUAAAGUAGUCAUUUUUAACAGUUCUCUUUUUUUUUUUUUUUUAACAUUACAUUUGCUGUUUAACCUAUCUGGAAAAUGAGGACACAACUUUAAAUGCCAGAGAGAACUUUAAGAACAUAAUUUGCUGUUCCAGUCUGAAAUGUGUGUAAUAUUAAAAAGACAGUAUUUUAUGGUUCUUCUUACAUUUUAAGAACACAGUAAAGUUAAAUACCUGCCAUUAGUCCAAUAUGAUCAAUUUCACUCCUUUUUAAGGGUGAGAAACCUAGAAAUAUAAUUUCUAAAAGGUAUGACAGCAGUAGACAGUCUUUGUUUCUAAAAAUAAGAUGUGUUCUAACAGAUCUCUCCAUUAAGUUAUGUUAGGAAUAUGUCUGUUCUUAGUCUUUGAAGAAUAAAGUCAGAUAUAGAGAAGAUGUACAACCUUAGUGGCCAAAUCUCAGAUUCAUCCAAGUUUUGAGUGCAUUUAAAUGCAGCAUGUCCUUAAGUCUCAUUGUGUCUCAAAUAUUGUUUACCUGAACCAGGGCUGUAAGUGGUAUUACAUUGAUGAUACAGAGACAAACAGAUUUUAACAUAGGUGUUUGAUUACAUUAGCCUAAUGCACUGAAUUCAGCUGGUAGUAAUGGAUUUUUAGAAAUAGACUGUUGAAAAUUUUAUCAAUUUCUCUCAUAUAAUUUCUCAAAUAAUUGUGAAUUUGUACCCAAUUCUGCAAAAUUGUAUCUGUUGAACUUUAAUUGUAGCUGAACACCUUGCUGUUAUGACUGAUGAAUGUGAAGAAACAAAAAAAUGACCAAAGAGUUUAUUUUCUGAAAGAAAUAUGCUGAAAUUCAGUAAAUAAGUUAUCAGGCUGACACAUUCAACCAUCAAACUUAUUAAGCUAAUGAAAUUUGAGUUUUGAAAAUAUUUUAUGUGACAGGUAUAAAAAAUGCACUCAAGAGCACCAGUUGAAUUUUGAAUAUAUAAAUAGAUUCUUAAGUGUCAAGUUUUCUUUGAUAGCAAAUACAAAAAUGUGAUGAUUGUCAUGAUUGUUUAAAAUGUCUGCUUUUCUGUGAUUUUAUUACUUAUUUGUUUCAGCUAGAACAAAAAUAUGUGAUUGCUAUAUACGUAUUCAUGUGUACAAGGCUGGUUUCAUGACAUAAAUGUACAGACGUGUUUUGGUAUCAAGUGAAAGCUUGUUUUUUCAAGUCAGAAUGUGUUACAAAUCACAUCUUCUACUGAAAAAAAAAAAGUUUAACUGGAAAAGCACCAGUUUAUGUGAUGUAUAAGACCCUGAUCAAGCAAAGUAGUUGGUCAUAUAUUUCAUUAAGAUUAAACUUGUAGAGAACAUUGCUGAAGUAAGAAAUAAGGGAUAAACUAUGAUAAACAUUUAGCAAAAGAUAUGGUGAUUUGCCGGAUUUUUUUUUUUUUACCCCAGGUUGGAAUAGAAACACAGAAGACUGUAAGAGAAAUGUAGUCAAAUUUCUAAACCAGGAAACUCCACAGGAAGGUUAUAGAAACACUUGUGCUCUCCCUAUGGCUUCAAAAGCUGGAUUCUGAUCGAUAUAUUUAUUUAUAUUACUUAUUGUUGUCUUUAAAAGCCAGUUUGCAAUAUAUACUGUGAACCUCCUAAACUCACCAGCAUUCCAAUACAAAGCAAGAGAGCUUACCUUGCAAAUUAAUGCAAUAUAAUGAAACCAGACUUCUAAAAACAAAGUGCUGGUAUGGAUGUAUAUGUAGGUAGAUGUGAGUAGUAUUUCCAUCAUUUUUAAAGCAAGUGGCUAUUGCUUACAGUCUGUCCUAUAGGAUAUAACACCUUUUGUUUUCAGGAGGGCAGUGAAACCCUCUGUCACUGAAUAUGCUACUGCUUUGGCUGAAUAAUCUGAUUCCCCUGAUGCUGGAAUUUGGAAGUUAUUUGCAUUGAUCUCAGUGGAAUUGCAUUCACCCCUUGGUGAAUGUGCACAGUCACUUAAUUCAUUCCUCAUUUCAGAUAGUGGGAGUUGUUUUGUGUGUCACGAGGCCUUAUAUCAAAUCAGAUUGGUUUCUUGGCAUCAAGAUUUAGCCAAUAAAUUCUUAUAUUAACAGCAAGUAAGCCCAAUAAUAAGAUAUAUGAUUUGUUACUACAAAUAUCAAUCAGUGUAUGCACAGGAAAGCUUUGAAAUACAUGCUGAUUUGUAAACCUGUAAGUAAUGUCAUUACCUCUGUGAGCACUGGAUCCAGUCAGCAUGGCUAAUCUGAAAUUUUAAGUAAUUGAAAAUCUUAUGAUGGAACAGGAAGGAGAGCUGUUCUCUUCACAGAAACUCCACACAUGGCCAGUAUACUUUGCUUUUGGGACACAUUGCUAAAAUCAUUUCAGAGAUUAAUGAAACAGGAGAGAAAUCUAAUCCAGAUUGAAAUGACCAAGAAUCAUGACCAAAUUCUAAGCAAGAGACAUGACCUCACCUUCACUGACAUUCUUGGAGUGUGGGCUGGACCAUAAGUAAGCCAGGCAUUUAUAUUAAAGUAAUCUGCAUCUGCAGGUAUCAAACCUUAAGCAGUUCUGGAUAUGAAGAGCUUUGAUGACAGAAGAUGAAUCACCUUAGGGCAUGUCCAGCCUAUGUAGUAAAUGAUGUGAAGUGAAGGAUGUAAAACAUCUGAACUCCUUGCAUGGAUAAAGGCAGUCUACCUAAACAUAUAUGCCUAACUCACAGAAGAUUGAUUCCAGUCUAGAUACGUAAUAUUGUGUUGUGAUGUCUGUGCUCACUCAGUGAGCUACCCUACAUGAACAGCCUAGCAUAAAUAGAUUCAAAUAGUAAAUCAUUGUGAAGGAGAAUGGGCAAAACCAAUUAAGUAUGGAUUAAAAUAUAUAAUUAAUAUAUGGAACUAGUUCAAAUAAAGAAUAUGAUAUUAUUUACACCUUGCUACCACUGGUAAAGAAGGUAGCUGUACAAGAAAAGAGAAAUGAAAGAUGAGAAAUCACACCAAUUCUUACUAUCUUCUCAACAAAUUUAUGUCAAGUAUUCAGUUUAUUUUAUUUGCCAGUCCACAAUAAUCUUCCAUAUGCACUUGUCACAAGUUAACUCAGCAGUCACUGAAGACAGAGAGUAAUCAUUAUUCUUCCUUUUACGACUUCUUUUGGAUGUUUUUAGGCUCUAUGUCAUGCACAGAGCUAUCAAGAUUACUGCCUUUCUCAGUGUGGAAAGUAAGACCCAAACCAGAUAAAAUACUAACUGCAGAUGCAUCACUACUCUGCUGAAUGUGAACAUACAUCAGUCAGAACUAGCAGCAGAUCUUUCUAAAGCAGAGUUUAAUUUAAUUUCACAAACAUUCAAUGACCAUAGUACCUCUUGCUCAGCAGAUCGCCAUCCGUUAGUGAAUCCUGGUUGCCAGUUUCUUUGAAUACUUCUUGCUAAGAUGGCUGUACUCACAAUGAAGCAGCAGUCUGACCAAAGCCCCCAGAAGUUGCAAGGCACAUCCAACAACAUAUUUGUCUUUUAAGAAAUAUAUCAAAUAAAAUGAAUGUUGGACUGAGCAAGAAUGUAUGUGGAGAUAUCUAGAGUUCAUGCAGGCUGAGCAAGAUAUGUGAAACUGGCACUACUCAGCACAGUAAACAGCUACUUACUGUUUUCUUGCUACUUAUGUAUGUUUAAAAAGAACCAACAACAUAAGGUAAUUUUCUAAUCAAACAAGCUUCAGUUAAACAAGCAACAACUGUUGCUGAUUAUUCAAGGGUGGGAUUCCUGCUUGCUUUGUGUUACCUCCUUUAUUAGACAGAAAAGUAACUUUCAGGGGACGAGUGAAGUCUGUCAACAAGCUAUAAUAUAUUUAUUAUCUGAUUUCAAGAAUCCUAUUCUUUUCUUUUUUUAUUUUGAAAUAAAUCUUCCUGUCCUUAUGCAGUAAGAUUUUCUGGACUUGAUUCAAGAAUAACCUUCAGCACAUAUGCAUAUGAUCCUGAGACUCAAGCAUGGGCUUAAAUUUAAGAGCAUCUUAAAUGUUUUAAUGCACUGGGGCUUCAAACAGUAUGUUUUUACUGCCUUUGGAAUUGUGCCAGAGAAUACAGUCUGUAAGCAACAGAGGCUGAUUUGUACAGCCUUUUGCAUUAUGUGUGUCCAUUCUAUGAGUAGACUGGCUAUUCCACACUGAAAACUGUUUGAACCAAUUCUGCCUUAGAGUUUAUCCAAUAUGUUUUGGCCCUACACUUCUGCUUCAGCAUACUAUAUAUGCUACUGUUGCCUCAUGCCAUUCACUCAGCAUGGCACUCCACCCAACCUCCUGCCUGUGCUGUGGAGGGUGAAUGAACUUGCUGUCAUGUAAGGAGCUGAGAGGAGCUGAGGCUUGCUGAGAUAGUAUUUCAAGGACCUGGCCAUGUGUGCAUUCUUUUAAUCUGGACUGAGUGUGCCCUAGAGAGGGUCAGUCUCAGCCAUACCUCAUUUUCCUUUUGGAGGAAUAUAUUUGAUUCAGCCUAGAUGGGACUCUGUGAGGGAUCAACUGUGCAUGAAGAGUGGGAACAAGAGUUGUGCCUGUACAGGCUGAUAAGGAGGCUUCUCACCUAUUUAAACUUAACAGUGAAAGUUAAUCAAAUACUCAAGUUUUUCUUGGUCAAAACUAGUACAUUACUGAGAAGACAGUCUAGGGGAAAUAUUUGUUUAUCUACCAGUUGGUAGGCUUUUUCAUUAAUAGUGACUGACAGUUCUGUU